AUGGCGCCUCGAUUAGGAAGAUAUAACGCGACUAUCCGGCUAAUUGAGUCCACCCAGCUCACACCAACCGAGCAUUCGAUCUGGAGAGCCUUUCUGGACGAGGCUGUCGAUCCGGACUAUGCUGCUCAAUAUAUCUGGGAAAGGAUCCACGACCGUUCCGGUCGUCCUCCGGAGCAAGUCUUGCGAGAAUUAAAACUCCACUGGAAGCGAGUUGUCACUAAGUUGGCCAGGCGAGACCAAGUCUCGUCAGAAGCACGAACUCUGGUCGAAGCUCGGGACGAUUCGCACUGCUUUAUGCUGUGUCGGAAGCCAUCGGACCCCAGCGUAUGCGUUCGUUUCGAUCAUGCCUGGGUGAUCCCACCGAGCCUUUUCGAUGACAGUGACAUGGAUCCGCAGUAUUUCGUCUCCAAACUGUGGCCCGAGCCUUGUGAUUCGCUCUUCCUCAGCGAUGGCAGCCCAUGGGACCAGACAGAGCAGAUGUUCAUCAUGGAGACCCGAGACGCAAACCUACCUCUUCCAGAUCCAUUCCUAUUCCGAACGCACUACCGGAUUGCAGCCUCGUUGCAUCUAUUCCAUGUUGUCGAACGAAUCGCCGAGGGUUGGCCCUCGCCCCCGUUAUUCCUGUUGAAUUCAAUGACACAGAAGACUUUACGCUCUCUCUGGCAUCUUGUGCCCAAGUUGAUUCGUGUCCAGUGCUACCGCGUGCUUCUGAAACUAGGCAGCCACCUCUACCCGCGGUCUUCCGCCGGCCUCGUGCACCGGCUGCCGUUCGGACUAUUUGCGAAAGAAUGCAAACGCUCUCAUCCUAAUGAAGCUGAGGCAUUGCGGCUGGUGGAACGGUACACUUCGAUCCCAGCACCCCUCUGGGUGGAUGAAUACCAGGGGAGCAGGCAUCCCGUUCUUAUCAUGACGGCCGUGCCCGGACAAACGCUAGGGGCGGUCUUUCACCGUCUCUCAUACUCGGAGCGCGAGCAGCUGUCGAAAGACUUGAAGAGUGUUUUGUCGCAGCUGCGGUGCGUUCCGAACCAGACCUCGUACCUCUUCUGCAACUGUCAUGGCGGCCCGCUGAAGGACCAUCGUUUUCCAUCCGGCACAUGUGGUCCAUUCAACCUGGUUUCUGAAUUCAACGCCUUCCUAGUCCACCGCUACGUGCGCAAGGGGACAAAGGACAAGAUUGCAGCCGUCCACGCCCGUCCAUAUCGGUCUGUGUUCACCCAUGCCGAUCUCCACCCCAGCAAUAUCCUUAUUGAUCGUGGACGCCUGUCUGGAAUUGUGGACUGGGAAUGCGCAGGCUUCUAUCCCGAGUACUGGGAGUUUACAAAGCUCAUGUAUGGUGCAGAACGAUUCCCGGAAAUCCGGCAGAUCAUUCGCGAUGCAUUCACAGAGGAUGACUAUCAGGAGGAGCUUGAGGCCGAGACGCUACUAUGGAAUGACACGCCAGUCGGUGUAUAA